CACCGACAUGGUAAACACCACACAACCAAAGAAAAGAAAGCGGGUGUCAAAAAGAGUUGGUUGUAAGGCCCGAAUUGUGAUAACAAGGUGUAAGACCGGCAAUUAUACGGUCCAUGCAGUGGAGUUAUGGCACACACACUGCCUAUGCUCAGACAUUGGGAGACCCUUCUUGAAAAUAAAUAGGAAGUUGGAUAUUGGACAUAAAAUAUUCCUAGCAAACUGUGCAAGGGCAAACAUUGGUUCUACCAAAUCUUGGAGACUAUACAAAGAAAUGGUAGGAAGUUUUACUGAUAUAGGGGCAACAUCCACGGAUUUCUGCAACUUCAGAAGGGAUUUGUUGGCGUAUAUUGCUGGAGCAGAUGCACAAAUGGUGGUAGAAGACAUGUACAAAAAUAAAGAGGCCAACCCAGACUUCUACUUCGAUUUUGAUCUAAACGAAGAUAGACAACUAUGCCGGUUGUUUUGGGCUGACGCAAUAUCACGGAAGAAUUUUGCAUGUUUUGGCGACGUGAUGUCAUUCGACGCUACGUACAGCACGAACAGAUACAAGCUUGUAUUUGUACCGUUCACAGGAGUGGACAACCAUAAACGAAGCAUUACAUUUGGAGCGGGCCUCAUUGCAAGAGAAGAUGUGGAGUCGUAUGAGUGGUUAUUAAAAAGCUUCAAAACCGCGAUGGGGUAUACACCAAGAUGUACUAUUACAGAUCAAGAUCUGGCACUAAAAGUCGCAAUACCCAACAUUAUGCCAGAAACGAGACACCGGUUCUGUAUGUGGCACAUCAUGUCAAAAGUCGGGGACAAGGCAGGACCUGCACUGGCAAAGAACAUCGACUUUAAAAAGGCCCUAAACAAUGCAGUAUGGGAUGAAACCUUAAGUGCCACCGAAUUUGAAUUGAAAUGGGCAAAGGUAAUGCAAGAUUACAACCUUGUUGAGCACAGGUGGUUUAACCAAUUGUACGAGGCACGUGCAUCAUGGAUACCCGCAUAUUUCCAAGAUAUACUCAUGGGAGGACUACUCAAAACAACAUCACGUUCAGAAUCGGAGAACAGUUAUUUCGGCAAAUUCACCAAUCACCACUGCAGCCUAGUCGAGUUUAUAAUGCAAUACAACCGCGCCAUAGAAGAACAGAGGCAUAACCAGGUAAAGUUGAACGCAGACUGUGAAGGUUCAACCCCUGAACCGAAAACCCCGUUGGGCAUGGAACGCCAAGCAGCGGCAUUGUACACCAUCAACAUAUUCUACGAGUUCCAAAAAGAAAUAUGGGCCGGAAGUUUCACAUGCAAAAUCACCAAUAAGACACUUGAGGCCGGGAACCGGAGGUACGUUGUACACGAAACAGGUGCGAAACUGUACGAGGUAACACACCAAGAAGCUACCAACAAAACAGAAUGCAGUUGCAACAAAUUCAACAGAGUAGGAAUCUUAUGUAAGCAUGUGCUGGCAAUUUUCAAGGACAAAGGCAUCGAAGAAAUACCAGGACACUAUAUUGUUCCCCGAUGGACAAGAGACGCAUGUGCACGGCCAAUGUAUGAUAUUGUGUUGAAAGGCAGCCCUAAUACGCAAGGGGGAACGAACUCAAAUCAAUUGCGAACCAACUCUGGAAUGAAUUCUACAACUGCUUGGGAUUGGCUAAUGGAAGUGAAAAUGAAAUGGCUCUAA